UGUUCUUCAACCUCUCUAUCUGAGGGGGGAAAACUCACAGAACAGAGGAAGGAAUUCCUCGAAACAUGGCCAGAAUCUUCUCCUUCAGAGUCCUCGCCUCCGUCGCGUUCUUCGUUGUCGUCUUUCUCUCGAUCAUCUCUUUCUGUACUCACACUGUCAAUCUCCCCCUUUCGGGUUCUGGUUCUGGUUCUGUUUCUGGUACUGGCUCUCAUCGGAUCAACUACGUGAGAAGAUCUCCAUUGGAUGUGGGAUCGGAUCCUCUUAAACCGCGGCUGGAUCGGAUCCUGAAGCAAGCCGAUGACAAUCGCAAUUUGCUUCACGCCUAUUCAUCUUAUGCUCGAAGGCUUAAGCUUGAGUACUCAAAGCUCGUUAGGGUUUGCACGGAUGUUGCUCAGAACUAUACAGAUCUCAAUAGUAAACCUGCUUACAGUAGUCUUUUUGAGCGUGGAACCUCUUCUUUAGAUGAGGCUCUGCUUCGUCAAUUUGAGAAGGAGGUGAAAGAGCGAAUCAAAGUCACCAGACAAGUGAUUUCUGAAGCGAAAGAGUCAUUCGACAAUCAACUUAAGAUCCAGAAGUUGAAGGAUAACAUUUUUGCAGUGAAUGAACAGUUGACGAAGGUGAAGAAACAAGGAGCUUUCUCGAGUUUGAUUGCUGCCAAGUCUCUUCCAAAGAGUUUGCAUUGCAUUGCAAUGAGGUUGAUGGAAGAGAGAAUUGCAAAUCCUGGAAAAUAUUCAGAUGUAGGAAAGCCAGUACCGCCCGAAAUAGAGGAUCCAGAGCUGUACCAUUAUGCCAUAUUCUCGGAUAAUGUCGUUGCUGCAUCGGUGGUAGUUAACUCUGCUGUGAAGAACGCCGAAGAGCCAUGGAAGCAUGUGUUUCAUGUUGUCACUGACAAGAUGAAUCUUGGAGCAAUGCAAGUUAUGUUCAAAUUGAAGGACUACAAUGGCGCUCACAUUGAAGUCAAGGCAGUGGAGGAUUAUAAGUUCUUGAAUUCUUCUUACGUUCCAGUGCUUCGCCAAUUAGAGUCUGCAAAUUUACAGAGGUUUUACUUCGAGAGCAGCGUUGAGAAUGCAACGAAGGACACGACGAAUAUGAAGUUCAGAAACCCCAAGUAUCUAUCGAUUUUGAACCAUCUGCGGUUUUACUUGCCUGAGAUGUAUCCAAAACUACACAGAAUUUUGUUUUUAGAUGAUGACAUAGUGGUGCAGAAGGACUUGACUGGCCUGUGGAAGAUUGAUAUGAAUGGGAAAGUAAAUGGUGCAGUGGAGACUUGUUUUGGCUCGUUCCAUAGAUAUGCACAGUACAUGAACUUCUCACAUCCGUUAAUCAAAGAGAAGUUCGAUCCCAAGGCGUGUGCGUGGGCUUACGGGAUGAACUUCUUCGAUUUGGACGCAUGGAGAAGGGAAAACUGCACAGAAGAUUAUCACUAUUGGCAGAAUAUGAAUGAGAAUCGAACAUUGUGGAAACUGGGGACACUGCCACCUGGUUUAAUCACAUUUUACUCGACGACGAAGCCACUGGACAAGACAUGGCACGUUCUCGGACUCGGUUACAAUCCCAGCAUUAGCAAGGAAGAGAUUGAAAAUGCUGCAGUUGUGCACUUCAAUGGGAACAUGAAGCCAUGGUUAGACAUUGCUAUCUCCCAGUUUAAGCCAUAUUGGACAAAGUACGUGGAUUAUGACUUGGAGUUUGUUGAAUCCUGCAACCUUGGGCUUUAGAAUCAAUCAUCUAUAGAGUAGUUAGUCGUUUUAUAGGAGGAGAUAUUGGAUGCUGCUAACAUUUAGCUUUGCUUUUGUCUACAGUCUUGCAAACAUUAUUCUUUUAUUCUUUUCUGCUUGCUGGCUUGCUUGCUAGGAAUAUUUUUGGUUGAAGUAAUUAUUAUGUAAAUUUUGUUUUGUGGUC